AUGAAAUGGUGGGAUGAGGCUAUUAUGCAAGAACUUCAAGCAAUGAGAGGUAGAUUUGCUGACCAAAGGGAUUCUAUUACAGCCAUCCAGGAAAAUGAGGAUAUGCUAUGGGUUCAGCAGAAGCUAGACAAGGUGAAAGAUCAGAUAAAGGAAUUACGUCUGUCAGUUCGUCGUGUACGCGGGGUGGUCGAGAAUGUCUUAAUCGCCGGUAUAAUCCUCAUUGUUGUAUUAAUCUCUUUGUUGUGUAUUUUACAAGUAAUGGAAACUGAAGAAGACUAUGAAGAAAUAGCAGCUGCAAACCGUUCAGUCAGAGGAAAAAAUGAUAUAGCUUGGUCCUAUGUGAUUCAAUCAAAUGAUUCAAGAGGAAAAACAGUUUUGGAAUGCUCAUUUUGUCACAAAAAAAAAUUAGGAGGUGGAAUUAAUAGGAUGAAACAACAUCUUGCGGGUGUGAAAGGAAAUACAGAUGCGUGUUCACAGAUUCCAGGAGAUGUGCGAUUUAAGAUAUUGAACACAUUAAAAGAAAUUGAGAACAAGAAGAAGAAAAAGCUUGUUUUAGAUGAUACGAACGAUGGCCCUGAAAAUCAAGAUGGUGAUGGAGAUGAUAUCGAAGGUGAUGUUCGCCCAAGUCAAAAGAGGAAGAAAAAAGGUAUUGAUCUACAUGAAUACUUUAAAAGAGGUGUGCAUGAUCCGACCCAACCAACUAUAAAAGCUUGUAUGCAAAGUAAAGAGAGAAUACAUGAUGUGGACAUGUCUGUUGCAUUGUGGUUUUAUGACGCUUGUAUUCCAAUGAAUGCCGUGAAUUCUCCACUUUUCCAGCCUAUGAUGAAUAAGGUAGCAAGUAUGGGUCAUGGAUAUGUGGGGCCUUCAUACCAUGCUCUACGUGUUGGAUUGUUGCGUGAUGCUAAGGUGCAAGUUUCUUUGAUUAUUGAUAAGUUUAGGAGUACUUGGGCCACUACUGGAUGUACUCUUAUGGCAGAUGGAUGGAAGGACACAAGACAAAGACCGCUAGUUAAUUUCUUAGUUUAUUGUCCUAAAGGAAUCACAUUUCUCAAGUCAGUUGAUGCUUCUGAUAUCUAUGCAAGUGCUGAGAAUUUAUGCAACUUGUUUGUUGAAGUUGUGGGUAUGGUCGGUCCAGAAAAUGUAGUUCAUUUUGUAACUGAUAGUGCACCCAACUACAAAGCUGCUGGAAAGCUUCUCGCUGAAAAGUUUCCCACCAUUGCUUGGUCUCCAUGUGCAGCUCAUUGUAUCAAUCUGAUUUUGGAAGAUGUGACAAAACUACCUUCUGUUCACAAUUUAGCGCAUCGGAUGUCUAAGCCUAUGAUGAAUAAGGUAGCAAGUAUGGGUCAUGGAUAUGUGGGGCCUUCAUACCAUGCUCUACGUGUUGGAUUGUUGCGUGAUGCUAAGUCAGUUGAUGCUUCUGAUAUCUAUGAAAGUGCUGAGAAUUUAUGCAACUUGUUUGUUGAAGUUGUGGGUAUGGUCGGUCCAGAAAAUGUAGUUCAUUUUGUAACUGAUAGUGCACCCAACUACAAAGCUGCUGGAAAGCUUCUCGCUGAAAAGUUUCCCACCAUUGCUUGGUCUCCAUGUGCAGCUCAUUGUAUCAAUCUGAUUUUGGAAGAUGUGACAAAACUACCUUCUGUUCACAAUUUAGCGCAUCGGAUGUCUAAGCUUUUCAAGACGUCUAAAGCAAAGGAAGCUAAAUUGAUUAUCCUAGAUGAGCGAAUGUGGAAUGAAUGCUUGAUAAUCGUCAAGAUUAUGACUCCUAUCAUUCGAUUGUUACGCAUUUGUGAUGCUGAUGAGAAGCCUUCUUUGCCAUAUGUGUAUGAAGGGAUGUAUCGAGCAAGAUUAGGCAUUAAAACGAUGUUCAGAAAAAGAAAACCUCUCUACCAACCUUAUACAAACAUCAUUGAUAGAAGAUGGGAUCGUAUGUUGCGCCAUGAUCUUCAUGCUGCAGCGUAUUAUUUGAACCCAGCUUUCAUGUAUGAUCAAACUUCAGUUUGUGAGAAGCCUGAAGUUAUGAGUGGGUUAAUGAGCUUAAUUGGAAAGCAAACAGAGAACAGCAAAACAAAGCUCGUUCAAGAGCUUAGAUCUUACAGAGAACGUGAAGGCAGCUUUUCUCCUGAUAUGGCUCUUACUUGCAGCAAAACAUCACAGCCAGAUGAAUGGUGGAGAUAUUUUGGUUAUGAUGCUCCUCAUUUGCAAAAGUUAGCAAUAAGAAUUCUUAGUCAAACUGCUUCUUCAUCUGGAUGUGAGCGCAAUUGGAGUGUGUUUGAGCGGAUUCAUACCAAGAAGAGGAAUAGAUUAGAGCAUCAACGACUUAAUGAUCUUGUCUUUGUUCACUACAAUUUACGUUUGCAACAAAGGUCAAAAAGAAAAAGAUCAUAUGAUCCUGUUGACUAUGAGUCUAUUGAUAAAACAGAAUUUUGGAUUGUUGAAGAAGAAGAAGCAGGUGAACUUGAAUAUGAUGAAUUAGAGAAUGCUCUUGCUGAGGAAUAUCCCAAAGACUAUGAAGACACAAACCCUGAAAAGUCUAAUGAUGUUUCAGAUAUUGAUGAAGACUUCACUAUGCCACCUGAAGAACACGAAGGCAAUGGGGGUAGAGACAACGAAGAUUGGUUGUUGUGA